AUGCCAGCUUUGGAUCUGGACAAACUGCACGGUGAUCUGGCCACCACAGAGCAAGAAAUCGGAUCGAUCAUCGAGUCUUUCAUCGAGCUGGGCGUUUCGAUCUAUGACUUCCCUGGAACGUCAGAGGCCGCCCAGGGCAUGAUGACAAACCUGCAACGAAACGUGGACCGAUUGCGCGGUCUGAACUGCAAAAGCAACGACCCGGAAUCGCAAUUGGCCAAUUUUCAAGUGCCCAUGGAGGUGCUGCAGUAUAUAGAGGACGGGCGAAACCCGGACGUUUACACCCGGGACUUUGUGGAGGCCAUCCGGCGCUCGAACCAGUACCAGCGGGCCAAGAUGAACGGGCUGAAGCAGCUGAGAGACUCGCUUGCAGAGAAGAUCGUUGCGGAGUUUCCAGACAUGCAGGACAGCGUCAAAGACAUUUUGCAGCGAACAGACAGGUGA